UGGAACAGUCCACUUUAAGUCUUGGAGCGAACCUUCCGAACUUUUCUCAUUUUGUCUUCCAUCGAAGCUACAAACAAGCCGAGAUACUUUUCCAGGUUUCUACACUUCCGUUGAAGUCUAUACCACGACGAAAACAUGCGUGAGUGCAUCUCCGUCCACGUGGGCCAGGCCGGCGUCCAGAUCGGGAACGCCUGCUGGGAACUCUACUGCCUUGAACACGGGAUCCAGCCGGACGGCCAGAUGCCGAGCGACGCGACCAUCGGAGGAGGAGACGACUCGUUCAACACCUUCUUCAGUGAGACCGGGGCGGGGAAGCACGUCCCCAGAGCCGUCUUUGUGGACCUGGAGCCCACCGUCAUCGAUGAAGUGCGCACCGGCACCUACAGGCAGCUGUUCCACCCCGAGCAGCUGAUCACCGGGAAGGAGGACGCCGCUAACAACUACGCCCGGGGACACUACACCAUCGGGAAGGAGAUCAUCGACCCGGUUCUGGACAGGAUCCGCAAACUGGCGGACCAGUGCACCGGGCUUCAGGGCUUCCUGGUCUUCCACAGCUUCGGUGGAGGAACCGGCUCCGGUUUCACCUCCCUGCUGAUGGAGCGCCUGUCCGUGGACUACGGCAAGAAGUCCAAGCUGGAGUUCGCCGUCUACCCGGCGCCUCAGGUGUCUACGGCCGUGGUGGAGCCCUACAACGCCAUCCUCACCACCCACACCACCCUGGAGCACUCGGACUGCGCCUUCAUGGUGGACAACGAGGCCAUCUACGACAUCUGCCGCAGGAACCUGGACAUCGGCCGUCCCACCUACACCAACCUGAACAGGCUGAUCAGCCAGAUCGUGUCCUCCAUCACCGCGUCUCUGCGCUUCGACGGCGCUCUGAACGUGGACCUGACGGAGUUCCAGACCAACCUGGUGCCGUACCCCCGCAUCCACUUCCCCCUGGCCACCUACGCCCCGGUCAUCUCCGCCGAGAAGGCGUACCACGAGCAGCUGACCGUGGCCGAGAUCACCAGCGCCUGCUUCGAUUCGGCCAACCAGAUGGUGAAGUGCGACCCUCGCCACGGCAAGUACAUGGCGUGCUGCCUGCUGUACCGCGGCGACGUGGUGCCCAAAGACGUCAACGCCGCCAUCGCCGCCAUCAAGACCAAGCGCAGCAUCCAGUUCGUGGACUGGUGUCCCACCGGCUUCAAGGUGGGCAUCAACUACCAGCCUCCCACCGUGGUUCCUGGAGGAGACCUGGCCAAGGUGCAGAGGGCCGUGUGCAUGCUCAGCAACACCACGGCCAUCGCCGAGGCCUGGGCCCGGCUCGACCACAAGUUUGACCUCAUGUACGCCAAGAGGGCCUUCGUCCACUGGUACGUGGGCGAGGGCAUGGAGGAGGGGGAGUUCUCCGAGGCCCGCGAAGACAUGGCCGCCCUGGAGAAGGACUACGAGGAGGUGGGAGUCGACUCCAUCGAGGGAGAAGAUGAGGAGGGGGAGGAGUACUAGACGGGCCGGCCGGUCCAAAGCCUCCAUGUUUUCAUUUAAGUUGAAGCAAAAGUCACCAAAGUCUUUCUUUCUCUUCCUCUGAGCUUCAUCUGCUCAGACGUGUUUUAAGAAUUACUUUUAUUAACGUUUUAAAUAGUUUUAAGGCAAAAAAAGUUCUGGAUUUUACCUAUUUAUCUUCUUCUGAGCUUCAUCUGCUUAGAUGUGUUUUAAGAAAAAGUUUUAUUUACCUUUUAAAUUGUUUUAAGGCAAAAAAGUUCUGGAUUUUACCUCUUUCUUGUUCUUCCUCUGAGCUUCAUCUGCUCAGACGUGUUUUAAGAAAACGUUUUAACAUUUUAAAUAGUUUUAAGGCAAAAAAGUUCUGGAUUUUACCUAUUUAUCUUCUUCUGAGCUUCAUCUGCUCAGACGUGUUUUAAGAAUUAGCUUUAUUAACGUUUUAAAUAGUUUUAAGGCAUAAAAGUUCUGGAAUUUACCUCUAAAUUCUCUUCCUCUGAGCUUCAUCUGCUCAGACGUGUUUUAAGAAUAAGUUUUAUUUACAUUUUAAAUACUUUUAAGGCAUAAAAAGUUCUGGAUUUUACCUCUAAAUUCUCCCUGUGGCUCUUGAACAAGGCAGCAGCAACAGUACUGUAGAAAUCUAUUUCAUGUUAAUCUGUCCUCAAAGUCCUAUGGAAUAAAA